AUGCAUCGAAUAACCAACUUGCUGAUUUUGAUUGCCGCAGUUUCUUUCAACGUAAAGCUUGCCUCGGCUGAGUUUGAGAGCGUCAGUCUCACAGGAAGAUUGGCAGGAUCUACGUUAGAGUACCGACUCAACCCAGAGGAUGAGCUUACCGGUGGACGAGACUCUAUCACUAUUCGAUACACUGUCCCACGACGCUGCUGGCUUGCUGUUGGCGUCAGCCUCACUGGGAGCAUGAUCAAUAGCGAAGCGGUGAUUGCCAAACCUGAGGAACGGUCCAUUCGCAAAUACAAAUUAAGUGACAGGUCUACCUCUGCCAUUACGGAGUUGCCGCAAUCACGAACUCUGUACAACGCAACCUUUUCACAAUCGGGCGGUAUUACAAUACUGACUUACACCAAGCUUCUUGUGGAGGACGGAGAGCUUACCAUCAAUGGCAACGGCAGUAAUAUUUUCAUUGCAGCCUUUGGGUCUAGCAAUACGUUCGAAUUCCAUCAAGGAUAUGGAUCUACAGUCAUCACUCUGUCACUCCCAAUACCUUCGGACGCCCCUACUCUAGCUCCCACAGAAGCUCCAGUACCUGCCCCUACGGAUGCAACACCUAUAGAUGCACCAGCUACGGCAGUGCCAGCCCCGACAGAUGCUCCAGUGGCUGCACCUACGGAUGGUCAAGCGCCAACAUAUGCUCCAGUAGUUACAGCACCAAAUCCAACCCCUGUUUCACUCGACUUUGAAGAAGUUCCAUUGGCUGGCUUGCUGUCAGAAGCAACCUUCCGGUACCAUCUCAAUCGCAACGAUGUCAUGGCGGAUGGAGCAGACACCAUCACUAUUGAAUUCACUUGUCCCGGCAAUGUUUGGGCAGGUGUGGGCGUCAGUCAAUUUGGAGCCAUGGUCCCUUCCAAGUCGGUCCGUGGAUUUCCGGACGAAUCCACACCAGUGCAACAAUACUUUAUGGAAGGUCGUUACGUCGAAAGCGUCAAUGCUCUUCCAGACGACGAGCAAACUUUGAUCGAUCCACAAAUCAGUUUUGCCAAUGAUCGAACGACUUUGUUGUAUACUCUGCCAUUAAUAAAUGCAGCACAAGACGAAGUAUUUGACAUUCGUGCCGAUGGCACUACCAACACCAAUUUUAUUGGUGCUUGCGGUACCACUGCUGGUCAAUCAUUUCAUCGUCUGUACGGAAGUUUUGGUGUCACUGUCAAAGACCCUACCCCACCACCAGAAGUUGAAUUUCGAAAAGUUGCGCUGACUGGGGUUCUAGCCGAGGCGACAUUUCAGUAUCGUCUCAAUCGCAACGAUGUCAUGGCGGAUGGAGCAGAUACAAUUACCAUUGAAUACAGUUGCCCAGGCAACGUUUGGGUCGGUGUGGGGGUCAGUCAAUUUGGAGUCAUGAUUCCCGCAAAGGCCGUUACUGGAUUUCCAGAAUUGUCAAGCCCUCCCAUUGAAGUGUUUUUGGAAGCUCGUGGCGUCGAAGGCGUCACUGCGCUUCCCGAACAGACUUUGAUCGACCCGCAAAUCAGCUUUGCCAAUGAUCGGACGACUAUGCGUUAUACCAUUCCGAUUUUUCCAACUGGAGCAACUACUACUGCCAACGUGGAAAAUGAAGCAUUGUAUGUUCAUGCCGAUGGGCGAAGCAAUAAUUUCAUUGGUGCUUGCGGUACUUCUGCCGGGCCUUCCUUUCAUCGUCUGUACGGAAGCUUUGGUGUGAUUGUGGAGGAAGGCAGAACUGAAGCGCCAACAGCAGCAGCUCCUUUCGCCGCUCCAACCAACCCACCAGGGGCAGAUAUAUUGGAACUUCGAGGAGCGUUGGAAGGAUCUACCCUUGGUUACUUGUUCACCUUUGACGAUCCAAACACUGGUGGCAAAGAUAGUAUCACUGUCACGUAUACUGCCCCCGUCACUGCCUGGGUCGGUGUGGGGGCCAGUGAAACUGGACUCAUGAUUGGAUCCGAUGCUGUCAUUGGAAUCCCUGCGACGGGAGAAGUCAAGAAGUAUUCUCUCAGCUCCAAGUCAGGAGACUUGUCGGGUGUUACCCCCAUGCCAGACGACCAGCAGACCUUGGUCAAUGCGGCCAUUACGCAAGCCAACGGAUUUACGACAUUGACUUAUACUAAGAUUCUGGUGGAAGAUGGCGAGGUCCCGAUCAAUCGCGUGGGAGAAAACAUUUUCAUUGCCGCACACGGAUCCUCCAAUAUAUUGGGCUUUCACUCUGUCCGUGGAUCUUUCAGCUUGUCUGGAAAGGUAGUUGCAUCACGAGACAAUUCGCUGUGGGUUGUUCACGGCUGGCUGGCUGCCAUUGCUUGGGGCGUAAUGUGUCCUUUGGCGAUUUUGGCCGGUUUGUUCCGCAAGUACAUACCCGGAGAGGGCAUCUGGUUUCAGAUUCACCGUAUUCUGCAGACCCUGGUGAUCGUAUUGACCAUUGCUAGCGUGUCAGUUGCAAUUGCGGCUCUAAACAAGGAGACUCCGGCAAGCUUGAGCGCCGAUCACUUUAAUAGUGACUUUUCUGAUGGCCAUCGUUUGAUUGGUCUUUUGGUAUUGAUCUUUGGCAUUGUUCAAGCAGCGAAUGGGAUCAUGCGCCCGCACCUUCCUCCCAAGCCUGAACCCAAUGAUGACGAACAAGGCAACAAAAGUACCCCUCCACCGGCUGGCGAGAAGAGCUGUGCUCGCAAGUUGUGGGAAGGGCUUCACCGUUUGCUGGGAGUAGGGCUACUUGCAUUGGCUUGGUAUCAGAUUAAUCUGGGUAUCUUUUGGUACCACGAGAUCUUCAAUAAUGGAGAGUCGGAAUCUACGUUGAACGCCUUUUAUGGAGUGAUUGGAGUUUUGGGAGUGCUCAUUGUGAUUGGUGUAGCCAUGAGAGUUUGA